AAAUGAGAUUACGUUCCCCUUUUCUUUUCAGCCAUCAUGAACACUCGUUGCAGCGUGCCAGUCAUCGAGGCAGAGGCCCUAGUUCUGGCGUUAUCUUUGUUAGAUAUUGAAGAAGUCGAAGGAUCACGCAAAGGAAAGUUACGGGAGGAUGCCUGCUUGACGGACGAAGAAAUUGCAUUUAACAUUCAGGCAGAAAACUUGAAGAUCUCCUUGGCCGAACUUCAAGACCGCAGAUUUGCACUUAGCCUUGAUGAAGCACUUCAAACCGAUACUGCGGCUCUCAGGGCGUUGUCCCUAAUCAACCAAGGUGAACGAGACGAUCAUCUUGCUGCCCUUGCCCUUGAAAGAGGAGACAAUUCACCAACCCCUACUCAUUCACAAGAAGCACUUGAAUGGACCAGAAUUCCGCCUGUGUGUGGCUCCACUAUGUUCGGUAAUAAUGAUAUUACAGACAUAGUUGAGCCAGACCCAGAUGAAAUGGAUGAUCUCGGUGAAUCUUCUCAUCUCCCCUACAAUGUGGGAAAACUUUCAGCUCGCGGUGAGACGCUAUCUCGGGUGGAGUGUAUCAUAUGUGGCGAUCCUAUCAGACGUUCGCAAAGAUUCGAUGCUCCAUGCUCGCAUUUUUACUGUCGAGACUGCCUUGUAAACCUUGCCGAAGCAUCUACGAGGGACGAGACGCUUUACCCCUUGCGGUGCUGCCGGCAGCCUCUCCCUGUCGCGAACGUCCUCCCGUUGCUUCCAUUGGACUUAAGAUCCCAGUUUCAGGACAAAUCUGCGGAAUUCGCAACUCCACCAACUUCACGGGUCUAUUGUCCAAAUCAAACUUGCUCCACGUUCUUAGGCUCAUCUUCUGGCGGCAGGUUUGAGAUCACCUGUACAACUUGUACGACACGUGUAUGCUCCGCCUGCAAGAACCGAGCCCAUUCAACUGAAGACUGUGCUGAAAACGCGCAGUCCUUGAUGAUUCAAUCCCUUGCAUCUCAAAUGGGUUGGCAGACCUGCCCGGGUUGCCACGCUAUCGUGGAACUUUGGCAGGGAUGUUAUCACAUGACCUGUAGAUGCUCAACGCAGUUUUGUUACUUGUGCGCAGCACUGUGGAAAAAUUGUGACUGCCGGCAAUGGGACGACCAACGCUUGUUAGAUGACGCCGAAAGACGUGUAUACAAUCAAUUCGGUGCUCGUGAGGCAGCCGCGCACCCUGCAAUCUUCGUGGACCGCGUUUACCAGAGGAUGGCGGAGUUAGAGGAAGAUCACGAGUGCCUUGUGCACGAAUGGGAGUACAGGAGUGGCGGCGGUCGUUGUGAGGAGUGUCACGAUGAUUUAUGGAGGUAUUUGAUGCGUUGCAUACAUUGCCAAGCCUUGACCUGUAGGCGUUGUUCAGUGAAUCGGCUUUGAGAAGCAACAUUAGUUAUGGGGUUGAUGUACACAUGACCUUUGUAUAUCUCGGUCAGCUGGUCGUAGGUCUAGACGUCUAUAGUUAGCGUUCGGUCCCGGCGCAAGGCUCUUGCCUUGUUUAUCAAUGUGAAAUGAUGCACAGCUCCAUGGCAUAAGGC